UAAGUCCAACUAAAAAUAAGCCCAAAGAACUUAACAAAGUAGCUGAACCUGACUUGAACUUGGUACGACUUAACACAAUUGCUUUACAAUGCGGACAAGUUGUAAUCGUAGGUUUGGUUUUUAAUGCUUUUAGAGGAACGGAAUCAUUUACAUUUGAUGAAUAUGGUGGAGGCAGAUCAUAG